AAUACAACUGACUGCCCUAGGUUUCCUUCCAUAAUCCCCAGCCUCUUCGUCUUCCCCAAUCCUCUUCUCCUCUGCUGGAGCUGGGCUGCCGUGGAGUGGAGAUCCCUCCCUCCGGACUUGGGACAAAUUUCUUCUUCUUUUCUCUUCCUUGGGCCUACACUUUUGUGGUGAUCACUAUUUUCAUCAAUGGAGAGCACUGAACCCCUACAGGAUAUCAUGUGUGAGUUUCGUGCCGGUAAGAUGUCCCUUGAGCGAACACAAGUGGUUCCAGACACACGCAAAGGGCUUGUCCGUAUUGGAAGGGGCGAAGAAGGCUUAGUUCAUUUUCAGUGGCUUGAUCGCGGACAGAACAUAGUUGAAGAUGAUCAAAUUGUCUUCCCUGAUGAGGCUGUCUUCGAGAAGGUAACAGAAUCUUCUGGAAGGGUUUACAUCUUGAAGUUCAGGCAUGACAACAGAAAAUUCUUCUUCUGGAUGCAGGAGCCAAAUGUUGAUGGGGACUCACAGAUUUGCAUCCAAGUUAAUGCCUACAUAAAUCGACCAUUUGAUGGUGAGGCAGAUCUUCCAGUACCUAUCGAAGCAGAAAUGUCCGAAGAUACAGCUGAUGAUGAUAUCUCUUCCAGAGCUGGGAAUUUAGUUGAUCAGAGCAUGACUGCUGAUUUGGCUGGUGAAGUGACAUCUGCUGCUGGACCUGUACGAUUGGAAGACCUGCAGAGAAUAUUGAGUGCAAUACAGCCAUCAGAUGCUGUGGCAGACCCUGAUGCUGGACUAGGAUUAGGAGACAUCUUGAAGCCUGAUUUGGUCUUGCCAUUAAUUGAAAACUUGCCCGUUGAACAAUUGGCAUCACAUCUUCCAGAGGGUUCAUGGACUCCCGGGGAUAUUCUUGAGCUACUCCAGAGUCCUCCUUUGCGUCAACAAGUAGAUGCAUUCACUCAUGUGCUACGGACUGGGCAAAUAGAUCUUGUUCAAUUUGGAGUUGACCCGAGUAAAUAUAAGUUGACAGUUGCUUCAUUCCUGGAGGCUUUGGAAGACUCUGUUGCAAAAGCUUCUACAUCUGGAGACAAGGAUCUACAGUCCCAGAGAGGCAGUGGAAAUGAUCCCAUGGACGAGAGUUGAUAACGCAGCAUAUGUAGGUGUUUCAAUGCGAAUAGCUCGUGAAUGGGAAUUAUUCUGUUUGCAAACUGCGUGAAACACUCAUGGCAGGACAUGUUAUUUGGCACACUGCAGGUUUCUAGAUAAAAUUUGUGAAAAAUCUUUUCUGAACUUGCUAUCAAUUCAUCAGAUGGUUUUGACACUGAA